AUGGCAUCGAGCAGCGCAGCCAAAGCGCCGCUUCAAGCAGUCGACAUAUUCGGGCAGCAUGUCGUGCAACAGCUGAAACUGUUUCGCUCGCGAUUCUUGGGCGCAAAUGCCACACCGCCGCUCUUCGUAGCCAUGCAGGGCCCGCAAGGGUCAGGCAAGACGACGGUCACUCGCUCACUUGUGCAGUAUCUCAAGACGUCUGGGGUGAGCGUAGGGGUGCUGUCGACGGACGACCUGUACCACACGCAUCAGAACUUGCGGCGGUUGGCGGAGGAGAACCCGACCAACCCGCUCCUGUCUGGCCGAGGUCAGCCAGGGACACACGAUGUCGAGCUCGGAACACAGAUCCUUGACCAAGUAUAUGCAAUCAACUCACAAUCCUCCAGCCACGGCAAGGCGAGCGUCCGACUGCCGGUGUUCGACAAGAGCCUCUUCAACGGCGAAGGUGAUCGCGCGCCAUUUUCGGAAGCAAGUCCGACCGUAUCAGCGCCACUGGACGUGUUCAUCCUCGAAGGCUGGAGUAUGGGCUUCUCCCCCAUCACACCAAGUCAAGUGGAAGCAAAACGCAACUCAAGUAGCCCCGACUCGCCAUUGCAACGCUACAGCUUGGAAGCACUGCAACAGAUUAAUCGCAACCUGGAGGCGUACAGAGCUUGGUAUGCGCAUUUCAGUGUGUUCUUGCAGAUUCGACCGACGGACCUGAACAAUGUGUAUAUCUGGAGGACGCAGCAAGAGCAUGCGAUGAAGGCAAGCAACGGAGGGCAGGGUAUGUCGGAUGAUGGCGUGAAAGCCUUUGUCGACAGAUACAUGCCCGGCUACCACCUCUUCCUGGACACGAUCCAGCAGAAUGAACAGUGGAAGGGUAGCGGCAAGUCCAUCACCAUCAAUCUAGAUCGCACGAUCGUAGGUGUAGACGAUUGGUAG